AUGGAGGAGCCGCAAUUUUUUGGAACCUACGUUCUGGAGCGACUCGAUGACGAGCCGCUCACAACGAAGGCAACGCUGGAGCUGAGGGAGGUGCCUGACGGCGUAGGGGUCGUCGCCAAGGUUGCCAACACGUUGCGUGGCCAAGUGAAGUUCAGUGAGGGCAAAGUGUGCGGGGGUCUCUCGUCCACGAUGCUUACAGGGAGCGACGAGCAGAGCAAGAUUGAGGGGGCGCUGCUAAAGGGGUUUGCGGCUGGCCUUGAAGUGCACUGGGACGACGGCACUCUGACACUGGCGGGGAGCCUGAAUACCCUCGUUUUUCAUCGUGUGUUGACGGUUGAGAGUCUCGUCGGCCGGUACACUCUCAGGGAGUUCAACGGCGAACCUGUUGCUGCUGAGAAUAUGGAGCUGGUGGUGGUUCCCAGUGGCGAGGAGUGCGUCUCGGUGGUUGCCCAGUUCACGAAAACUUUUCGCGGAGAGUUGAGGCUGGAUGAUGACACCCUGCAGGGUGUGCUUGCCUCAACGGAGGAGGCCUCCGAGGGCGCGCAGCAGGAGAUGGAGGAGAGGUUUGAUGCAGGCAUGGGGGGCGGUAUGCGGGUGUCGGUCGAGGGAAAGACGCUUGCCCUGAAGGAUGACCACUGCGCCUUCUUGUACCUGCGGUCGCUGCUGCCGAGUGAUCUCGCCGGGGAGUAUGUGCUCAAGAGCCUCAACGGCGCCCCCGUGCGCUCGGAUGGUCAGGUGACGCUGGCCCUUUCCCAGGAUGGGGGCGGGGGCGUGGACGUCGUCGCGAAGGUGGCCGGCGUCUUGAGCGGGAAGGUGCAGCUGGCGGAGGAUACGCUGCGCGGGGAGCUGGUGGCAACUGCGACGACGGGGAGCGAUGCCGAAAUGCUCGUGGAAAGCGCGCUGACCAGCGGCUUCAGCGCCGGCUUUCUCUGCACCGUUGAGGAGGGGCGGCUAGCAAUGCGUUGCGGCGAGAACACACUCGUUUACACGAAGGCGGCGGCGAUGCCGUACGCGAAUGGGAAGCCAACGUACCUGGGGGAGAGCGUGGUGCCGUGCUUCAAGGGCCACGGCAACGGGCUGAUGUUUCGCAUCACCAACGCGGACGAGCGGAAGUGGGCCUUCUACAACGACACGACGACGUACAACGUGCGCGUUGUGGUGACCUUUGGCUCCAGGUCGAAGGUCAGGGGCCUCGGUGACACAUUGCUGACGUUGAAUGAGGACGGCCGACAGGUGGCCGAGGCGGUCGUGCCCCCGGGCGCCACCAUUAUGUUUAUUACUGGGCAUGUAAACGGGUACAGGUGCUCCUACGACGCGGAGCCUGUGUAG